AUGACAGAAAGGAACCUAACUCUGAUCUCAGAGUUCCUCCUUCUGGGCCUGCCCAUCCCACCACAGCACCAGCACCUGUUCUAUGCCCUGUUCCUGGCCAUGUACCUCACCACCAUUCUGGGGAACCUUCUCAUCAUUGUCCUCAUUCGACUAGACUUCCAUCUCCACACACCCAUGUAUUUGUUUCUCAGCAACUUGUCCUUCUCUGACCUCUGCUUUUCCUCUGUCACGAUGCCUAAAUUGCUGCAGAACAUGCAAAGCCAAGUGCCUUCCAUCCCCUAUGAAGGCUGCCUGGUGCAACUGUACUUUUACUUGUUUUUUGCAGACCUUGAAAGCUUCCUCCUUGUGGUCAUGGCCUAUGAUCGCUAUGUGGCCAUCUGCUUCCCUCUGCACUACACCAGCAUCAUGAGCCCCAAGCUCUGUGUGUACCUAGUAGUGCUGUCCUGGGUGCUGACCACAUUCCAUGCUAUGUUGCACACCCUGCUUACAGCAAGACUGUCUUUCUGUGGAGACAAUGUGAUCCCCCAUUUUUUCUGUGAUGUCUCUGCUCUGCUGAAGCUGGCCUGCUCUGACACUCAUGUGAAUGAGUUAGUGAUAUUCAUUAUGGGCGGGUUAGUUAUUGUUAUCCCAUUCAUACUCAUCAUAGUAUCCUAUGCCCAGAUUGUCUCCUCCAUUCUCAAGGUUCCUUCUGCUCGAGGUAUCCACAAGGUCUUCUCCACCUGUGGCUCCCACCUGUCUGUGGUUUCACUGUUCUAUGGGACGAUUAUUGGCCUCUACUUAUGUCCAUCAGGUAAUAAUUCUACUGCAAAGGAGACUGUCAUGGCUAUGAUGUACACAGUGGUGACCCCCAUGCUGAACCCCUUCAUCUACAGCCUGAGAAACAGAGACAUGAAAGGAGCUCUUGCAAGAGCUUUUUGUAAGAAGAUUAAUUUCUGUCUGUGA